AUGCCCCCCAGCAUAACCUCACCACGUCCCUCCACCCCCGAAACCCAACAUCAACGGCUUAAUUCAUCACCACCACCCACCAACAUCCUCCUCAACCACCACACCCUCCUAACCACCAACCCCGAAGCCUUCAAAUUCCAAGCCGCUGCCUCCCUCCAACUUCUUCUCAACCCAACAAUCCCCAAUGAUUCAUCCCUAAUACCACCACCUUCAGACACCAACCUCAUCAUCUCCCCCUACAACACCCCACACCAUCUCCUCGACCUUCAGACCCUCAACCCGGCCUCCCAACUCCUCGCCAAAGCCCUGACCCUAUUCCACCCCAUUCGCCCCGACUACGCCACAGCGCCCUACACCGAGUCCUUCAACUGGGACAGUGUCUUUGAGUUUCUAAGGAAACAAGCGAAAAGCGAGGGGUAUACUUGGGGCAAGAGACACGAGAAUCUAUUCUACGUGGUGGUGUUCCGGUCGACGUUGACGGCCGAUGCAGAUGGGGAGAAGUUGCAUGUGUUGGAUGAGAUGUCGUUACGGGAGGCGGUGGCGGGGGGUGGGUUGUUGAAGUAUUGGUUUGGGAAUGUGGAUGGGGAGAGGAGGGGGUUAGCUACUUGUGUAUGGCGCAGUCGGGAAGAUGCAAGAAAAGGAGGGUCAGGACCAUGGCAUCGACGAGCACGUGGGGCGGCGAGGGAAAUGUAUGAACGAAUUGAGUUCAUGACGUUGAAGUUGGUGGUGGGGGAGGAUGAAGAAGGGAAUUGGGGAUGGGAGUUUGGGGAGUGGGUGGAUGAAUAG